CUUUCAUUUCACAACCAUCAUUUCUUGAGCUCUGACCGAUCACCAAUGGUGGCACCAAGGCCCCUCCAGGAUAGUUUCAGUAGCCAAUUACAUCCCCUCCUGCCUGCCAACCCAAAAGAGAAGUGAGAGUGUACUGUAGAUGGUCCGCUUCAUCCCUGUUAAUUCUGUCUUACUGCAACAUCAGAGGGAUUAGUAUAGGCCAUACAACAUGAGGCGAUACUAAAAUGUGAGAAUUUCUUGAUAGAGAUGUCAGGUACUUGAUUUUUUCCCCCUUUUUCAUGGGGUUGGGAAUUAUUGCAUCUAGGUGAAAGAUGAAGGGGAAGAUUAGAACAUCUGAAAAAGACACAUGAACAAUAUUUGAUGGACACAACUACUCCUGGAUGAAUGUUAAUCAGUUGCCAGUUAACUUCCAAUGAUUCCUGUAAGGUUCCGGCAAGCUUUGACAAUGCCAGCAAGCUUUCCCAUGUGUAGCAGUAGAAUAAAGAGUACAGUACUUCUAAUACCACCCAUCCAUUGCCGUCCCCACAUAGCACAAAUUUUUCAACAUACAUGGGCUUCAAGAUUCCAAAUCCAAUCCAUCAAUCAAAUCCAAGGUCAAGUAAGUAGAAGCUCAAGAGCCCCAUUGGCCCAUCCUGUUUGAUAGCAACUUGAGCUGGCUUCAUCUUUCCGGAUUGGUCGUAGGCAAGCAAGGUUGAAUCACAGAAAUAAGAAGCAAUUCUUGUGAAGCCUAGCCCCCAACAGCUAAACAAAGCUUAACUAUGCUGAGUUUAAUUUGCACCCUCCUCAUAAUCAUCAACUAAUCAUUAAUCUUUACAAUGUCCCAUCGCCGCUUAAAAUAAAGUGAAGGUGGUUGCAACUUGGAAGUCUGUAGGAAAGCCGAAAAAUGGAAGGAGUGAAGUGCCAAGAAGAUCAGAAUUUGCCUAGAGACACCUACAGGAUUGCUUAUGCUAUUCAUUUCUUGCUUGGUGCUGGCAAUUUGCUUCCAUGGAAUGCUUUAAUCACAGCUGUUGAUUACUUUGGCUAUUUUUAUCCAGCCAAACAUGUGGAGAAGGUUUUCUCCAUAGCUUACAUGAGUUCUUCGGUGCUAGUUCUCGUUCUGAUGUUGAGUUGGGGCUGCUGGAGUAGGAAGCUUAGUUUUAGACUGAGGAUGAACAUGGGGUUCUUUAUGCUUGUUCUCUCCCUAAUGGUGGCUCCCAUGUUAGACUGGAGUUGGUGCAGGAGUUUAUCAAUGAGGAAAUCAAGUGGAGCCUAUGCUUUGACUGUUGCAUCGGUUGUGAUCUGCGGUUUGGCCGACGGCUUGGUCGGUGGAAGCUUGAUAGGAUCUGCUGGAAAGCUUCCAAAACAGUAUAUGCAGGCUGUUUUUGCUGGGACAGCUUCUUCAGGUGUUUUGGUUUCCAUCUUGAGGAUUAUAACAAAGGCAUCGCUUCCACAGACUCCGCAGGGCCUCAGAACAAGUGCACACUUAUACUUCAUAGUAAGCACCAUGAUCUUGCUAUGCUGCACUCUCAGUUGCAACCUGUUAUACAAGUUACCAGUCAUGCGACAUCAUCAGAGACUUAUUGGAGAUGACCGGUUGAGCCCAAGACCAAAGUUCUGGGAAGUGGCAAGAAAAAUCCGGUGGCCAGCUGUGGGUGUUUUCAUGAUAUAUGUUGUAACUCUGUCCAUAUUUCCAGGCUUCUUAGCUGAAAAUCUGAAAUCCAAGCUUCUGCGAGACUGGUAUCCUAUUUUGCUGAUAACGGUAUAUAAUAUCUCAGAUUUAGUAGGGAAGUCUUUGACUGCAAUAUAUGUUCUGAAGAGUAUUGGGAAGGCUACAUUCGCAUGUGUUGCCAGGCUUUUGUUCUAUCCCCUCUUUGCAGCUUGUCUCCAUGGACCCAAGUGGCUGAAGACUGAGGCACCAGUGGUAGUUCUGACAUUCAUGCUUGGAGUCACCAAUGGGUAUCUCACAAGUGUCAUCAUGAUCCUCACCCCUAAAUCAGUGCCAGUUUUGGAAGCAGAAACAGCUGCAAUUGUGAUGACUGUGUUCUUGGGAAUGGGAUUGGUUGGUGGUUCAGUUCUUAGUUGGUUUUGGAUUAUUUGAGCCCUCUUUGAGCUCUAAUGACCAGCUCAAUAUGUCAAAUUCUAAGAAUAUGUUAGUUGUUAUCAGUAGUUUGAAAUGUCAGAACCUUGGCCAUCUGCUAGACGACUUCUUUUUGCAGUCUAUGCUUGUGUGGUCUAUAGAAUGAUGAAUAACUCUUUACAAUCA